UGGAAUGGACAAGCAGCUGAAGAAAAAGAUCUGAAAACCGUCUUCUCCUCUUAAAGGACGGAACUGAACAUUUAGGAAUCUAAUCACCAGCACUAUGUUACCAUGGCAACACACAACAGCCUUAUUAUUUACGUCACUUUUUGCAAGUAAUAAAGACUCACCUAUUUUCCUGACUAGUGUUUCACUUGUUUACAUUACAGAGACUCCUAAUCUAAUCUCACCUGUUUAGGCGACAGUGACUGAUGAAUCUUGAAUCAAGUUCACACUAUUGUCACGAGCUGAAACUGAAGCUGAAGACGAAUCGGGGAUGUGGGUUUCACAGGAGGACGAAACCAUACCUCGAGAACGCAUGCGGACAUGCGCGUGGGGUUUCUGCACGCUGCUCGCGGUGCUGUCCGUCAGCGCGAGCCAACCGCACAGCGACUACACCGGAGUCACAAGGACCCGUAAAUACCUGACUAAGGCUUACUUCUGCAGUGCAGAUAGUGAAUGUGCGCCGAGACUUUAUUGCAAGGCCCCAGGCCACGCCCACUCUCAGUGCUCACCCUGUAAGAGAAGGGCAAGACAUUGCCGUAGAGACCGCAUGUGUUGCCCUGGAAACGAGUGUCGUAACCAUGUGUGUAGUCGAGUUUCAGCACGAGUGUCAGCAGAACACACUGGAAAACUGAAGAACCGAAUCUACAGCUCUACUGGACGACGAAAGACAAGCAGGAAGCUCAACAAACCACAUAAAGGUGACUUGGGUGCACAGUGUGUGCGUUCAGCUGAUUGUGGGCGUGGCCUGUGCUGUGCACGUCACUUGUGGAAUCGAGUGUGUAAGGCGGAGCCUCAGGAGGGGCAGGUGUGCUCCACCCCCUGGCGCUGGAAACACACAGGCACUGGUCACACAUUGGAGCUGUUCCAGCUGUGUCCCUGUUCAACUGGCCUCGAGUGCAGGACGCAGAGUCUCACACACUCACACUCCAAUGCACACACCAACACACACACCAAGGCACGUACCAAUGCACACACCAACGCACACACCAACAUACACACCAACAGACACCGACCUGCUGCUGCUGUCAGAUUACACACCUGCCAACAACUCUGAGAUACAGAGAGAGAGAGACAGAAUGAGAGACAGACAGACAGAGAGACAGACAUUUUAAUGCCACAAGUUUGUUAGACACUUGUACCAACACGAACACGAAAUAUCACAAAGACUCAACACACAAACAAUCCAAUCCACCAGUCCAACAUUUCCAAUUUGCAUAUUCAUACAUAUUCAUAUCCCUGGAGUUUAUAAUGAGGUUAAAUGUGUAGGGAUUCCUGUAUUCAGCUCAUUUUACUCAAUAAACUGUUUAUUAUUGUACACUGAUAUUUUGUAUUGGUUUAAAAUUCCGACUGGAUAUUUAGAUGUCAGAAAAACCAACCCGUGUGUGCGAGUGUGUGUGUGUGUGUGUGUGUGUGUGUUACUGAAAAGUUGCUAAUAACAAUAAGCUAAAGGUCAGUCAGCAUGAGAGCACUUACAGUGAGGUCCAGGGUCUCAGAGCACACUGAACACCUGAGAGUUUUUCCAUUUAAAACUGGAAAUAAGUUUCACAAAAUUAAAAAAACCCCCAAAGGAAACGUUUAUAUCUUGAAUAUUUAAUAUUCAUGAUUCUGCACUGUUUCUCAACUUUCACUAUUUAAAUUUUAGUAAAUCUGAUAAAUCUAAUAAAUAGAAUUCAGUAAAUCUAAUAUAUACUGAUUAGAUGUAGAAUAUUGUGGAAUAUUCUAAAAGAGGAACAAAUCAAACGUUCAGAAACUCUGACAUUCAUCUAAAUAUUUUCCACUCAAGCUGUUGCUUAUAAGAAAAAAUGUGUAUUAAAUUUUAAUGAACUAGAACUUGCAGAAUAAACAUCUACAC